AUGUCAAACGCAACCAACACAACCAUCAACCCGACAGACGCCUGCACAAGCGGAAAUUACCAAGAUUCGUGGGUCCCUGCUGCGUGGACAGACAGGACCUCCUCCAACUUCUCUCAGGCCGCAUGUGCUGUCCCAGCCUGUAACAGUUUCCCAUCCACACUUGCCGAAUGCUGUGGGCGCCCAGAAAGCGAUCUCCAAUACUUGAAUACCUCGGGGCGCCCCUUUGCUUUGUGCGCACUUGCCAACAACAACGACGCCAACGACUAUCAACUCUUCCAGCGCUGUCUAGCCGCCAAAGAAGUCGUGAACUUCAAAUGUAACGACCCGGAGAAUGUUGUUGCGCCAUCAUGUGGACUUGGUGUUCAUACAUCUCCCAAUGAAACUACCGACUGGCCAAAUCAGCAGACAUGCAGUCAUCUCAUUACAGUCAGUGCGACCAGAGCAAUGGAGAAGUGCUGUUCGAACUAUAACGGCGGUGACGGAUUGGUUGUCUACUCGAACGGGUGCGACUACGCCUGUACUUCUGACUCGACUAACAAUACUUUCUUCGCCUGCCUUCGGCGUAACUACAACUGGGGUACGCAAUUUGGAUGUACACCCAACGAUGGUACAGAGGAUCCUAAUAAAGACGAUGGUACGGUGGGUUCUGAUACAGGUGUCGGUGCUCAGACUUUGCCAUCUCUGACCAGCAUCUUCAUUAUAUUAUUGCUAGGCACGUCGAUGUUGAUGAUCUAA